GGGAGUUCGCCAAACGAGUGCUUCGGGCGAGGAGAGAAGCGGCUCCUCUGCGACAUCCACCGGCGCAAGAUCAUCCCUCAGGCGGCGCCGGCCCCGCUGCCGGCCGCCACGCCGAUCACGGUGGCUGUGCCGGAGAACUGGUCUGGAUCGCCGACGAACUCCGGAAGAGGAGCAGGUUUCAUAGAAGGGGACGAGAAGAAACCACCCCGCUUCCACGCCCUUUCUUCCCUCCUUCUCCUCCUCCAACUUCUUCAGCUAUAAAUACGAAGACUCCCUCUCCCUGGCAAGCAGCACAGAGAAAGAGAGAGAGAGAGAGAGAGCAGAGAUGGAGAACUCCGCCACCCUAGAGAUCACAAUCAUCUCCGCCGAGGAUCUCCGGCUUAGCCACCGACCGCUCAAGAAGAACGCCUUCGUGACGGUACGCUCGACGAGCACCUUGAACGACGGCGGCGCGUCGUCGACGAGCCUCGACCGAGAUGGGGGGAGCUAUCCGCAUUGGAACGAGAAGCUCAAGGUGGCUCUGCCGGCCUCGGCGCGCUCGAUAUCGGUGGAGGUUUGCUGCAAGACGGGCACGGGGGUGAGGCUGGUGGCGGUGGCCGCCAUCCCGGUCUCGGACUUCUGCGAGCCGGCCGGCUACUUGCACUUCCUUAGCUACAGGCUGAGGGAGAGGGAUGGGGAGCGCAAUGGGAUCAUUAAUCUCUCUGUGAGGAUGGAGGGUGCAGGUCCUUUUGGACGUCGAGUGCAGCGGCCGCUGGCGGCGCCACCGACGAUGUGGGCUAAGGGUGAGGAGAGGAGGAAUUAUGGAGUGGCCGUGGGACAUCCGGUGGGUUAUGGAUACCGCGUCUACUGAUGGAUGGGUUACAGUCUCAUUAGUUUGCUUAAGAAUUGUUUUCUUUUUCAGUUCUUUUUUUUUUUUUGGAAAGAAAAGAUUCAAAGGGCACAGUCAUGAAGAUGUAGAAAUUAUAGAAAGAUUCUUUUAUUUGUUAUCCAAUUCUUUGUUACAAUGGAUUUGCAUCUUUGUAUACAUGUAUGUAUGCAUAUGUGUGAUAUAAAUGAAUGUAUAUGCAAAUAAGAAAUUAAGAGGAAAGAAAAUUGGCAGAGAGCUACUAUAUUUAA